GGGGCUACCCUAUGUGAUUUAAUGGACCGGAAAAUUUAGAAAUAGAUAAACUGGUCAUUCAGUCCAAGUAGAGGGAGCAAUUUGCCCCUUAAGCCGUUUGACAACUUCAGCUCCAGAAUUUGAAACUCAAUCCCUAACCAGGUUAACAUACGGGCGGAGACUGUUUGAUUGGUACUGUUGUGGUGACCGAUGACUUUUUUGACUGCCAAUCAAAGAGGCAAGUGGCGACACAGGACCGAAUGUUCGACCACUCCAGUCAAUCCUGGUUCUUGAAAAGUUUACACGACUUCUUAUUGUUGAUAAAUUACUUGAUGCAUAUUUAUGUGAAUGGAAUCCGAUGGAGAAGUGUUAGUCUUCAUAGACACAAACAUAGGCACCCACAUUGCUGUGUCCGUCUCUCCAGAUAUCACUGCUGCUGAUUUCAAGAGAGAGCUUGAGAGAGAACACUCGAGUUUUUUCCCAACUCUGGGAGAAAUCAAAGCGCAUGUGUUAAUGGUGAGGCGAAAAAGCUGUUUUUACCACCUGACAGAGUCUCUGCCUAUAAAGUAUGCUUUCCAAGGUCUCAAAGGAACAUGGUUUCUUCAUGUGAAAGUACAACCUUCAAGUAAUGUGGAUAAGCCAGGUUCAUCUCAUGAUGUAGCUGCAAGGAGUGACAAUCAUUUUUCUGAUGGUAGCAUUGUCACCCCCUCUGCUACAAACACUAAGAAGAAUAAUAAACACAAAUAUAAGCAAAAGAUUAGGGACUUACUCUGCGUCAGACCUCCUGCAAACGAAUUCUGGAAAACUGCCUCCAUUUCCUAUAACGGGAAGAAAAAUAAGAGUGUGAUUCAGUUCAUAGAAAACAGAUUGGACGACAUUAAGGAAUCCCUUAAUUUGAAUGAAGAAGACGCAGGUGUUGCCGCUGAUGAAAGUGUUGUUUUUCAAAUGUCAAGAAAUAAGGUUAGACCUGUCAUAGGUUCUUCCAUCCUUUUAGCGGAGACUCCCCAAGAAAGGUCAGAGGAAGUAGGCAUUGUUGACAUCAAUGGGAACUUGUCAGAGUUGAAUUCUGAGAGCAAAUGUUGCGAUCCUCGAAGCUCUAAGAUUACAUCCGUAGCCAUUGAGGGCGAGCUAGAGAAACGACCAAGGGGCAGAAGAGGUGAUAUUUACUCAGCUGCACAAGCUUAUUCCAUUGCACAGUUUUCCACUAUAACACCUCCAAGGACAAUGCAUGCCUCAUGUUCAACUGAUAACCCUGGAAGUUCAGGAAAUAAACUUGAAAGAACUGCUGCAGUUGGGAGACGAAUUCUGAUUGCUGCAGAUAACCUCAGACUCUCAGAAAACAGGCAAAGCCCUAUAAUUUCUUUCUGUAGAUUCAGAGAUUCUCCCAGCAUGUCAUCCAUCUCUAGAAUGUCAAUGUUUGAGAUUAGUGACAAUGAUGACUAGUAAAUUUAAGCGUCAUGCCUAUUGGAAGUGCUACCAGAAGUUCAUGCUUAAAAAUCACUGCAUAAUUGUCGUUGAUUACAGUAGCUUACUUUAUUGGGGUUGGAUGAGAGCUUGGCGGGUAAUACUUGUCUCUUUUUCUCUGAUCUUGGAAAAUGAAUCUGGUGAGUUUCUAGACCAGAAUUCAUGAAGCUGCUGCAUUCACAAAGUAAAGAAGAUUAAGAGAGAAAAGUGUGUGGCAAAUAUCAGAAUUAUUUAGAUGAAGUACGAUGCAGGUUUAAACAGCUCAGGAAAUCUAUGAUACAGUUAACUAGCUCUUAGAGAUUUGUGAACAAUGUGCACAUGAAUGUUAUCAUCUAUGUGUGCAUUAGCAACUUGCCAGGGUUGAGCUCUAUUUGGAAAGGUAAAGCCCAUGAAUUUUGUAGAAGGUUUCACUCACGUGCUCUCGCACUUCAAUGGAGAAGCAGCAAGCAAUGGCCAAAUUGUUCAUAGUUCAACAAUGUUGUUUUGGGUUCUCAAUCAUGAGGUUUUGAUCUUGUUUUAAUCUGAUGAAGUUCACUUGUACGUUUUGCUUAUUUUUGAUGCGUUGCUUUAACCAGUAUAUUGAUGUCGAAUUUAUACCGAGUUAUUAAACAUGAUGGCUAUCUCGAAAUACAUUUAUUUUUUUAA